GAGGACUAAGUGUGUGUGGUUGCUCUACAGGCAGAUGAAAACCUGGGCAUGGUGAUGAUCUUCACGCUGGUCACAGCCGUUCAAGAUAAACUCAACGAAAUAGUGGAUUUGAUGAAAAACAGACGUGAGGAGGAGAAGCGACGGAUAGAUGAAGAGGAAGAGGAGGCAGAGAAGGUGGCCUUCCAGGGCACCGUAGUAACAAUCGAGAACUUCCUGGCGUGGAGAGGCAGGUUUGAGCUGGAGAUGGCCGAGCUGAGGAGUAAAAGACAGAAAGAAGAGGAGCAGGCGGGAAAGAUCAAACUCUCUGGUAAACAGCUGUUUGAGACAGACCACAACCUGGACACAUCGGACAUUCAGUUCCUUGAAGACACCGGAAACAACGUGGAGGUGGAUGAGUCCCUAUUCCAGGACAUCGAGGACUUGGACCUGGAUGAGGACGACCCAGACUUUGACCCUUUAGCCAUGGGGAGUGACGAGGACUAAAGCAGGAGAGGACAGACUGACGGUCAGAACAGACUGCUCCUCGGGAAUAUGAUCUGACAGGAAUAUGAUCUGAUGUGUCUAACAUCACAAUUACCUUUCAAAGACUCUAACAGCAGCUGCAGAGGAAUUCCUCAGAAACAGAAACACAUACAUUUUUCAUUUCUAUGCCCCAACAAUAAAAUUGACAAAAUAAA